AUGCAUUAUGCAAAAGCCUGUGCUCUUGCCUUACAUCUCAAACGUGGUUUUGUACACAUAUGUGCCGGCCAAUGAUCGCGCGGUAUUUCAAAAUCCUCAUCGCUUGUCUCACUUAUAUGCCGGCUGACAUUCUGACAACCGCACGGGUGGAUUAUAACCUUUCAAUUAGCUCGACAUAAAUUAUAAAAUAACGAUUUUAUGCUGACACGAUGACAUCUAAUGAUGAACAACUCGUAAACUUACCAUGGGUCGAAAAAUAUCGUCCCAAAAAUUUAGAUGAACUUAUCUCUCAUGAGACAAUAAUAAAGACAAUAAAUAAGUUUAUUGAUGAAAAUCAGCUACCUCAUCUCCUUCUAUAUGGACCUCCUGGGACAGGAAAGACCAGUACUAUAUUGGCGUGUGCUCGUAAACUUUAUACUCCAGCUCAAUUCAAUUCAAUGGUGUUAGAAUUAAAUGCUUCUGAUGAUAGAGGCAUAGGUAUUGUACGAGGUCAAAUCUUGAGCUUUGCUAGUACAGGUACUAUGUACAAAUCUGCAUUUAAAUUAAUCAUUCUGGAUGAGGCAGAUGCCAUGACAAUUGAUGCCCAAAAUGCACUUAGAAGAAUUAUCGAAAAGUAUACAGAUAAUGUACGCUUCUGCAUCAUAUGCAACUAUCUCAGUAAAAUAAUCCCAGCCUUACAAUCUCGCUGUACCAGAUUCAGAUUUCUACCUCUUGCAGCAGAACAAAUAAUACCAAGACUGAAUCAUGUCAUUGAGGCGGAGAAUUUAAAUGUUACAGAAGAUGGAAAGCAAGCGCUGAUGACACUGAGUGGCGGUGAUAUGAGAAAAGUAAUAAGUGUACUUCAGAGUACAUGGUUUGCUUAUGGCAUAGUAAACGAAGGGAAUGUAUAUAACUGUGUCGGACAUCCAUUGCCAAGUGACAUACGUAACAUUGUAAAUUGGUUGCUAAACGAGCCUUAUGAUACAUGUUACAAGAAUAUUCAACAAUUAAAAUUGAACAAAGGGCUCGCGUUACAAGAUAUAUUGACGGAAAUUCACUUGUGUGUAAUCAAAACGUUUAUUUUUCAGUCGACUUCCCCGACUCGAUAUUUAUCGAUCUACUGUGCAAACUAGCAGAAAUAGAAAAACGAUUAGCCUCUGGAUGUCGCGAUGCUAUUCAAGUAAAUUCGCUUAUAUCUGCAUUUUAUAAGAUACGCGAUAUUGAGACGUGAAAGAUUUGCCGUGUAGAUAAUUAGAAAAUGGUUUGUUCUGUAAAUAUGAAGAUACUAAGUAUCGUUCUCCAUUAAUCAAUCUUCGUCUUUUUAUACAUAUUUCACCAGCGACGUAUAUAUUUUUGAGCAUAAUACUCUAUUUUUCUAGUACAUAAUGUACAUACAUUAUAAUAAGUAUGAAGCACAUAUUCGUACAGAGAAAUAAUAUCGCAUCCUUCUCUAUAGAUAUUUAAUUAUAAUUGUCAAGAAUCAUGUAUACGAUAUAAU